CGAACCGUUUGUGGAGGUAUUUAUGAAAGCUGUCGUUACCGUGAAGGGUUUGUGAUGAUGGCUGAUAAGAAGGAAAUAUACAGAUCUAUUGCCCGUUUCUUCGAUAAAGAGAUAAAUUCCCAUGUCUACUCUUCGGAGAUAAAUGAGGGUCUUGAAGGUAAACAUACAUACACUAAAUUUGCGGUGGGGAAGUCAUUACUUUUCGUAUAUCUUCCUUAACGAAAAUGUAGUAUCAUUGUGAGAAAACGGUGAUAUGUAUUUCUGAGUAGACUGGUUACAAACGUAGCAAUAUCGUCGGAUGAAUAUCAGCUAGUGUUUUAAUAUACGGUUAGGAGACUGUACAAACCAAUCAUGAAGAGGGAUAGAUGAUACUUCCAACUGUCUUAUGUUCAAAAGUUCUCGAAAAAGGCCAUGUAAACUGUAGAUAAAUUUAGAGGGCCCUAAUUAUUUGAACAGAGAGAAAAGCACUAGCGUUGUGGAACCUUGCUAUAGUCGGGAAAUUGUGAGGUUUCUGGUUGGUGAGUAAGAUUCAGUAAGAUAUUCGUUAGUAUUCGGAGUUUUUGCGUCGUUCUAUGCAGAUCCAAGCCAGCGGUCUUUUCAAGUUAUUAGUGGUUGAGGAUUCGUAAGAAAGCUGUCGUGAUUGUCGGAAUUCCCGCUAUUCUAGUUUCUAAAGUUGUUGGUCUCGUAUUUAGGGUCUGGUAGCGGAACAACAAUGUUAAGCCUCACUAGUUCUGGCUUCAGACACACCGUAAGGGCCAGCGUAAUAUCAGGUUGGGGAGAAGAGUGACCAAGUCAACAUUGUGAUAUUAGUGUAACCCGUUUAAUGAGUUUAGGUGUAUUGCCUUGACUCCAAAGCUCAUAUGUAGGGUCUGUCGGCACUGACCAGGUGCUAUAAACAUAGUGGGUGGAAUUAUUCCUGAAUCUACUACUUAUAGAUUAAAAUUCUGCUUUCUUCAACUACUGCUACCACUCCUCCUCUAUGUAUAGUAUGGUAUCAGUCAUUAAAGUUACUGUUAUUUGGUCUCACAAAAUCGGUUGAUUUUAUUUCUCAUGUUUAUCUGAAUCAUGAACAUAGCACUACGCCAUACUUGUCACCUUCCAGUUUCGUCUAUUUUCCUUUAGCUUUCCAACUAUUGGUAAUGUUGUCUUCAAACAUUCUUUAGUCAAUUUUUCUGUACCCUAGUGUGAAUCUGGGGAACGCUGUUUAUUAAAGUGGUUGAUAUCCACUUAACGUUUUUGUUAACUGUUCUUUGCCAAUGAUUUUGUAAUUAAAAGUCACAUUCUUGAUAGGUCACCUCUUUCUUGAAAUUUGUGUCCCAAAAGAGCAAGACUGACUGAACAACAUGGUAACAGACCAUGUAGUUACAGAUACAAACUUAAGAUAUAGAAAAUUACUGUUUAAUUGCUUUUUGUGUGACACGUGGAGUAAGUUGGGUCAUUUGGAGCAAACUUGAUCGUUCUGAUAUAUGCCACAACUACUCAUUGAGUUCUUGGAUAGAAUAUUGAAGGAGAUACAAGACAUCUUAACAAGGCUUCAAAAGGACGUUCCUUUACUUAACUUGCUUCAGUAUUAUAACUUGCCUAUGUAUUCAGGUCAUUUAUAUUUGCUUAUCUGAAAGAACUUAUCUUAGAGUAACUAUUCAGAUGACUUUUGUUUCAGUUGCGAAGCAGUGUAUAGAAACAGCUUUUCAUAUAUCUGAUAGUGAAGUCGGUGAUGUUCCCGAUUUACAAACAUUAUUUAAAUCUCAGUCUCAAGUAAUUACUCACCUUUUAAGUCAUUAUUACAGAAAAAACCUGAUAUUCUAACAAGCGAACCCUCAGAAGAAACCAAAUCAAUGGCAGAAGCAUUAAAAAAUCAAGGUAUGACUAUUCUUUUUUAUUAAGCUGCACCUGCAGGCAAUCAAUGCAUGAAACAGGAGAAGUUUGGGGAAGCUGUAGCCUGCUACAGUAAAGCUAUUGAGCUGUCCCCGUACAAUGCCGUAUUUUACUGCAACAGAGCUGCCGCCCACUCUCGAUUAGAUCAUCACCAAGAUGCAAUUAAUGACUGCUUAAAGGCUUUAGAAAUCGACCCAUGUUACAGCAAAGCAUAUGGCAGAAUGGGUAUUGCCUAUUCUAGCAUUGGUAAUCACGCUAAAGCUGUUGAGUGUUAUCGGAAAGGCUUAGAGCUUGACCCAAGUAGCGAGAAUUGUCAGCAAAAUCUAUCAAUUGCCGAAGAAAAAUUGAAGAAUUCAUCAGAUAAUACUCAGAGUUCAGGAUUAUUUAGUGGUUUUGACUUAAAUUCCUUUUUAAACAAUCCAAUGAUGCAGAAUAUGGCUCGGCAAUUCAUGAAUGACCCGAAUGCUCAAAAUAUGAUGACUAAUCUACUACGCAAUACAUUUGGAGUAUCAGACAAUCCAACUACAAAUAAUUCACCCCGUAAUACUGAGGCUGAUAAUUCCAACGAAUCAACAGAAUCUAGUUCACAAAGUCAUAAUCCUAGUGGUACUGGUCCUAGUACUAAUGGUCAAAGUAUGGAUGAAUUUUUACGCCUUGGUCAACAACUUGCUCAACAAUUGCAAGCAUCCAAUCCACAACUUGUUAAUCACUUACGUCAAACAUUUCAUACCAAUGUUAGUGGACAAAAUUCAAAUCCGGAAAACAGUACUAAUUCCAAUGAUCAUAACAAUACAAAUUCCAAAUAAUACUUGCCAUUUUAAAUGAUAACCGGUGUUUUGUUUUGCUAACGUGUAUUAUGGCAAAACUCAGUUGUAAUUUUCCUAAAUUUAAUUUUGAAUAUGAUACUUCUUUUUGUUUCUUUUUUAGUAAACAAAAUAGGGAUGAUUGUGCUAACUAUUCAUUGUUUUUCCCCAUUUCCUUCUGAUGAAAAUCAUAUUGUGCAUGCUAUAUUGUUUUAGACUUUGUUCUUGUCUUCGCUGUGUAGUUUUGUUAUUAGUUUUAAUUUUACGUAUGAACUAACGAAUAAAAGUUUUUGUGAAUCAUCGAAAAGUGGUAUAUUAUAUUUAAUAUGAUAUUUAUAGAAAAGAUUUAUUCUUAAUUGCGUGUGCAACGUGUAAUAAUCAAUAAAACUACUUCACAUAUAUUUUUUGUUGUCUGUUUAUUAAGGAUUAUAUAAGAAACCUAGGCGUUUAUUUGGUUACAUUUUAUGAUUGUUAUGUUUGCCCAAAGCAGGGAAUUCUCAAAGUUCAUUUGUUCUUAACACCUACUAUUCUUAGAUCAUUAGUUGCAUAUUGGUACAUAAUUAGACCAUAAAUAGUCAGUUGUUAUGAUGGGUGACGUCCGAGAUCUGAUACUGAUACUAAACUUGCUACUCAGUAACCCCCAUAAAUCGACUACUUGGACGAAAGGACAAGAGCGGAAGCGAAAGUCUGUUAGGCUA